AUGCCUCACCCUGGAGGUGAGGACAUCUCUCCUCUAUCCAAAUGCCGCCCCCAAGUCGCGAACUCGGGCUGCAAGAAUACGAGCCUGUACCUGGCGGGGACGCCGCAGUGCAAAACAAACCUGGUACCGGCGGUGGACGACUAUGGUGGCUUGGCGAAAGUCGUCCCAGAUACUCAGGACCUGCCGGAGUUACAAUCCGACGAUAUCUCUCCAUCCAAGCCCCCCCUUCACGAUGGCAUAAUCGGCCGCCAUUCUAUCCUGCACACUAGCUCGAUCAUGGUCUUACUGCUUCUCCUUGGUCUCGCUUCGGCCCUGGGACACCACGCCUUUAAUGCGCACCUUGUCGGGCAUGCAGUUGACUCCGAUCUCAGCUUCGGAGGCUGGUUCAAUGUCCCAUCCCAGACUCUCGUCUUCCGUGUCGCGACCGCGUUCGUCUUUCUUACGAAGACUUUCUUUACGUCCGCUGUGUCUAUGGCGUUCACGCAGCGAUUGUGGGUUACUGUGAGCCGGAAAUACCUGCGAUUGAGCGGGCUUGAUGCGCUUUGGGCGGUCCUCAAGUAUGUAGUAAUUGGUUUUUGUGAUUUCAGUGUAAAUUGA